CGGGGACUACAAGCUGCGCUGCAAUUACUGCAAACAUGUGUGGCAGGGCAAUUUGUUUAAAUUUCAGUUCCACUUCACGCAGUUCAAGAGGUGUGUGGCAGCAACGACCGACAUGUUUGUGGAUAUUUGGAACCACACGAAUACGAGUUCGAUCAACGUCAUCACCCCGGUAUCUUGGCGUACAUGAGGGAGCGCGAUAUCACGGAUAGACGAGUCGUGGACGUCCAUCGAGGUAGUUGCAGGGGCAGGACGGGUGGGACACAGUCGCGACCACAGGAGCGUGAUCCUGUGGAGGAGGUGCAGGAGUUCCUUGACGAGGAGGCCAGGCGAGCAGUGGCCGGGGGCAUUGAGGAGGGUGGAGGGACAGGCACGCCACUCGAUUUACCGGGAGAGGAGGUGGUUAUGACUGCGCGAGAAAAGAGGCCGGUGGAGAGUGGAGGUGAGGGCGUCCCGCACGCGUGCAAGAGACAACGGCAAUCCAGACUGGACGAGAUGUACGAUCCAGAUGGGCAGGCCGGAUUCAGGGACACCUUUUUGCAGUGGGUCUACGAUUUCGGUAUCCCAUUUGCCGCAUUUAGGGGGCAGUCAUGGCUUCGGCACAAGAAGCAGUUGGCCUCCAUGCCUCGCCGAGUCCGGCCAGUCUAUCCAUCGUUCAAGGAUAUUGGGGGCGAUGGUAUUGUAGAUCAGCGAGGGAAGGUUGCCGCGAUGUUGAGGGAGGUCCGUGGUUCGUUCGAGUCGGUAGGGGCCACCAUUUUGUCGGACGGUGGGCAGUCGCGAGACGCUAGGCCUAUAGUUAACUUCCUCGCAGCCGCCAAGCACGGUGCUCUCAUGUACGCCACCGUCCAGCGAGACGGUUCAGUGCCUGAGACGACACAGAUCGUCAUGAGGAGGUGGAAGGCCAUUUUUCGGUCUUUCCCUCCGAAGGACGUGUUGGCCAUUUGCACGGAUUCUGCGUCGAACUAUACGUCGGCCGCAAAGCUUCUUGCAAAGGACUCCGAUCCGCAAAUCCGCCGUAUCACUUGGCUCCCGUGUUCCACCCACGUCGCCAACUUGAUGUUGUCUGACAUCGGGACACGGGUUCCUUGGGUUACGGACACCAUUUUCAGAGCUCGGGCGUUGCUGUUGAGGAGAUUAGACAGGGGCGGCAUGAUCAUGUCCACGAUUUACUCAUGGUCGCAGGAGUUGGUAUGGCAGGUGGCUGUUGCUGACGUCCCUGAUGACAUGCGGGGACCGUGCGUGGAGGCGGUGCAGAUCCACACCACGCAUAUGCUUGAGCCUACUCACGCUGCGGCGCACCUGCUCAACCCCCGCAGACACUCUCUCCGUUACUACGAGUCCGUCUGCAGGACAGCUGCGGACUUUGAGGUGGUUACCGAGUGCGACUCGUUUCUGUUAGUGCAGACAGGCGGUGAUCCGGUGGGGGAUAUAUACUCGCGGGUGCGGGAGCAGAUGCGGUCCUUCCAUGCUAGGAUCGGGCACACAACAGACAGGGUGACGAGGGACGCGGAGGCGGAGGCCUGUAUCAGGGAUGAGGAGACGAGCAGGUGCGUAUCCUGGUGGGUGGAGCACGACGCAUGCUUCCCAGACUUGCAGGAGAUCACUGGUCGUGUGAUGCACAUGAAGACGUCCGCCUCUCCUGCUGAGAGGAAUUGGGCGGAGCAUGAGCGCAUCCACACGGUCAAGCACAACAAGCUCGAGUUCAAGAAGGUCGCGCAGUUAGUUGAGAUUGCUACAAAUCUCAAACUACUUGGAUGCAGCGAGCGGAGUGGUGGGUACGUUCUUCCGUGGGGUCACAUCGCGACCCUGGCUGAGGCGCAGCUAGAGGAGUACACACCCCCUGUGGUCGACGACGAGGAUGAGGAGGACGAGCCUGAGCCAGAGGGGUGGGGAGCCAGAGCUCAGUCAGCAGUGCCGGCACAUGAGAUCAGUGCACAGGUUCGUCGCUUCCAGCAGCAGGGUGCUCGUCGACCUAGGGGAGUUGCUGAGGUUUUCGGUGCAAGAGCGGAGAUACUGCUCCCUUACGACCACGUGCCUCCGCCGCCAGCAGAGCCGGUGCAGACGUCGGAGGAGCAGACGGACACGGAGGGCGAAGAGGAUUUGCCACUUGGUGUAGAUAAGGGUGCGGAGAGACUUUACUACACGUACGGAGGAGGAGCAGACGAAUUUCUGCCACGCUGCACAUUUAUUCGAGAGAGCGACGACGAUUCCAUCCCCGCCACCGAUGUAGGGUUGGAGCGUGGACAGCGAGACGCUUCAGGCUCCGCGAGUGGAGUUGCCACACGUGGCGCGAGUGGAGAUGGUUUAGGCGGGUCUAGUGGUGUACCCUGUGGUGGGUGCAGAGAGAGGGAGGUGACCGGGCUGGACAGCGCGGACGAUGAGGACGACGAGCCGUUGAUGCUUCGCAGAGCACGGUUAGCGUAGCAGGGAGCCUCGCCUGCCGCCGAGGGUCUUAGGAGAUCAACGAGGCUGCAGACGCUGCCGGGAUCAACUUCAAGUGGUAGACGCGGGGCGUCGGACCAUC